GUUUAAUAUAUGUAAUUUUUUAUGGCAGAUUCUUAAUUAUGCGGAAGUGAAUUCCACAAGUUGCUCGAGGUUCUGGUUGUGGACAAACGAUUAAGGCAGUAGUACGCAUACGAGAUUGUCUUCACUUGUGUUUGCCGGAUAGGACAUAUGCUUAGCUUCUAGCAAGAUCAGUAGAAGAUGAUAAGGGAAAUCCUUAUUUGCCGGAUGAGAAAACAAGAGAGGUGAAAUAAUCCAUUGUAAGUAUAUAAUAAGUAUAUGUAAUAAGUCUUUAUUUCAAUUUUGAAUAUAUUUUGUUAAGUUUAUGUAUUGCAACCAAAGUUUUCUAACUUGAAGUCAUUGUGUAGGAUAAUUGGAGAAAGCAACAAGCUGAAGGAAACUUUGUUCCUAAUAGGCAUGAUGAUAUCUUAUGUCGUGCCCUUGGGAAAAAAGAUCGUAAUGGUCGGGCAAUAGCAUUUGGCAGUGGAAUUGGCAUUAAAGCUGUAUGGGGAUCCGGAGAGAGGCGUAGUGGCCGACGGGGUAGGGAAUUCGGAGAUGAUGAGCUGGAAGAAUUAGAGGCAAGAGUAGCCCGGAGGGUACGAGAGGAGACUAUGCAGGAGAUGGAUUCUAAAAUGGAUUCCAUGGUUCAAGAGAAGUUUAUGUUAUUUGCUAAACAGAUUGGUAUUCAAAUUCCAACUGAAAUGAUAGAAAUGAAUAACAUAGGCCGGACGACUCAACAAAAUCCUAGUAGUUGCCAAUCAGUGGGUGAUGAUCCAAUUGCAAACAUACAGGUAUCCAAAACUUUGUUAUUUUAUAUUUUUUAUCUUUUUUUUAAUGAUUUAUGAAUGCGACAUACUUUUAACUUUGUAACUCAGUUUUCUAUAUUUUUUAAUUAUGAUUUUUUUCUAUCUUUAUAAGGAACCGGUUCCUUGUCGGCUAUCAUUGUUGAAAAAUGACUCUGAGAAAGUCAUUGUAGCUGAAGGUACAUAUCAUCCGGAGUUAAUCCUUGAUUAUCAUAGUAACCUCCUUCCGGAUCACGUGAGGGUGAGUGUUGAUGAUUUUUUUGACUAGUUCAAAGAAUUCUCGGUUCCAGUUCCUUCUUCAGUCAUCAAGAAACUUAAGCAUGCUCAUGGUACAUUUACCCAAUGGCCAAAAGACUUGGUUUCACUCAUGCAUGACAAGGAAUUCAUAUCAAAUAAGAACAAUGGUAACAACAAAGCGGCCAAAGAAAACAUGCAAGACAAAAUGAAAGUAGUUGAAAGUGGUCGCGAAACAAAAGAGUCCAACACCAAUCCAAAAAAAGAUUUUCUUAUGGAUUAUGCUUUGGAAAACUUGUCUCGGAAGUGUGGGUCUUUAAAUAGUUUGUUAUCUUCAUUACCCGAAGGUAAAACUAUUAAGGUUAAGGCUGAUGCUUGGACCUUUAGUUAUGAAGACAGUAAGGACAUCAUUAUCAAACGUGAAGAUGUCAAUCAACUUCUCAUAGGAGCUUGGCUGAAUAUUUCAGUUUUGCAAGUUUUUAUGAUGGCCUUGAGUGACUUACUCGAUACGGAGGAAGUGACUUCCAUUGGAUUCAUGUGUCCGGAAAUGAUUUCAGAAACCUAUUUGCAUAGUGAUGUUGAUCGUAUCCUACUAUACAUGACACAUGUGAUGGAAAAACAAAAAUCUAAGCAGUUCAUCUUAUGCCCAUACCAUGAAAAGAAUCAUUGGGUUCUUUUGGUCUUAUGCAUGGCUAAGCGUGAAGUCAUCAUCUUUGAUUCUUUGAGGCAGAAGCGAAAUUUAGCAGUUAAGUUUGCAAUGACAAAUGCUUUUCGAAGUUUUAAGGCAUUAAGUGGACAAUCUAGGGGAAGUAAAUUGACAUGGCAUUUGGGACAGUGUCCUCAACAAUUGGGUGGACGUGAGUGUGGCUACUACGUCAUGCGUUAUAUGUACGAAAUACUUGAACAUCACCAUAGCAGUGAAGAUCUUAUUCAGGAUUUUUCAAGAACCACACCGUACACCGAGGAGGAGAUAAAUGAGAUCCGAGAUAUUUGGGCAGAGUAUUUUAUAUGUAAUGUUGAACUUUAGAUUUACCACUUAGCGCAUGUUUGACUCUUGUUUUGGAUUAUAGGCUUGAAAUGAAGUAAUUUGGUUCAUUGGUGUUGGGAUGAUGAGUAUAAUGUCUAUGAUAUUGAGAUGUAAAUUAUUGGACAGGUUGUUAAUAUAAUGUCGUCAUUCCCAAUUUUAUGGGUAGGCCAAAUUACAAAGGAGACUCUGCCGAAAUUUACAUUUGCAUUAUUCAAUAAUAUUGCAUUUUAAUUUCAA